CCACCUCAGCUCCGAACCUAACAUUGGUAAUAGUUCGUACAUUUCUUCCCUCACUUGUCCGUCUCCCCUUGGUCCUUCCCUUCUUCCUCACUGUAAAAACAGCAAACUGCCCCUUUCACAGCUGAUCUUCACUCGUCUUUCAAAACAACAACAACAAUUGAGUUGAGAAUAUCAAGAUGCACACGAAAUCCGAUUCCGAUGUAACAAGCUCAGUCGACCCAUCAUCUCCGAGAUCCCCUAAACGUCAACUUUACUACGUCCAAAGCCCUUCCAGGGAUUCUCACGAUGGUGAUAAGUCGACUUCCAUGCAGGCAACGCCUGCUUACAGUAGCCCCAUGGAAUCUCCUUCUCACCCUUCUUACAGCCGUCACUCAAGGGCAUCUUCCGCUAGUCGUUUCUCGGGAACUCUCAAGAAAGGAAGGAAGAGAAACGAAAAGGGUUGGACUGAGUGUAAUGUUAUUGAAGAAGAAGGGGAUUAUGGGGAGUAUUUUUAUGGGAAUGAUGAAGGGUUUACCAGGAGAUGCCAGAUUUUGAUGGGUGUGUUUGGGUUUAUAGCGGUUUUCAGUUUGUUUUGUUUGAUCAUCUGGGGUGCUAGCCGCCCUUACAAAGCUCAAAUUGCUGUUAAGAGCUUGACCGUGCAUAAUUUCUAUUUUGGAGAAGGAGCCGACAUGACAGGAGUUCCAAGCAAGAUGCUUACAAUGAACUGUUCAUUAAGGAUGACAGUAUACAAUCCUGCAACUUUCUUUGGUAUUCAUGUUAGCUCCAAUCUAGUCAACCUUAUGUACUCCGAAAUUGCAGUUGCUACUGGUCAGUUGAAGAAGUAUUAUCAACCAAGAAAGAGUCAUCGAACUGUAGCCGUGACUCUCCAUGGAGACAAGGUUCCUUUGUAUGGGGCUGGGGCAAGCUUAGCAAUUUCAGAUGAUGGUGGCGGAGUUCCAAUGACAUUGAUCUUUGACGUUCGGUCCAGAGGAAAUGUGGUCGGAAAGUUGGUGAAGUCAAGGCAUAGGAAACGUAUCUCUUGCUCAUUGGUUAUUGAUACCCAUAGUAACAAGCCUCUCAAGCUUAAAAAUAGUUCAUGCCAAUACGAUUGAGUCGAGGACUGCAGCAUUUCUUCACACGGAAAUGGUGGGUUUUGGGUGUUUUAAAGUAAUUUGCAAAGCUUGUAGUGAUUGGUAAGUGUGAAAGUAAUAAAUUCGUUAGAAAAACAAUAUAAUCAUUUAGAUCAGUUUGUCAGUUUGGAGUGAAAUUGAAAAAGUAUUGAUGUAGGUUAUAAUCAUAUCUCGUUGAUAGGAUAUCAAGUAGUGCUUCCAUUUACGGCUGUAGUACGUGUGGAGAAACUCCAUGAAUGAUUUCUAUGAUAUUUGGUAGAGCAAGAUUUGAUUCACAUAUA